ACUUUAGGUGAUCAUUCGUUUUUGGGCCAUGUCCCGAUCGCUUGCAAAGAUGCAGUGGCAAUUCUAAUCAUGUUCGAUCUCACUAGUCGAUGCACUCUUUAUAAUGCAAUUGGCUGGUAUCGACGAGCCAGAAAAUGGAAUAAGGCGGCGAUUCCAAUACUAAUUGGUACAAAGUUUGAUGAUUUUGCUCAGCUUCCUCUUGACAUGCAAUGGGCUAUUGUGAACGAGGCCAGAGCAUAUGCAAGAGCGAUGAAAGCAACACUCUUCUUUUCGAGUGCUACACACAAUAUAAAUGUAAACAAGAUUUUCAAGUUCAUAGUAGCCAAGAUCUUUAACUUGCCUUGGACUAUUGAGAGAAACUUAACAAUUGGAGAGCCCAUCAUUGACUUUUAGGCUUAUU